AUCAUCCUGGCUCAUCUCAGCUAAUCCUGGCUGACUGGGUCGUAAGCUUCGUGGGCCAAGGGCAACGGGCGAACGCCAUAUACCGCAUUUACCCGAUAGAGCGAUUCCCUUGCAUAUCUUGCAGUUGAUGAUCUAUCUCUAAGAAAAGUGUGACGACUCGAGUCUUUUUCCAGCUGCCUCUGGCUUGAAAUCUUUCAGGGUGAGCAGAUUGGCAGCAGUCUUUGCAAACUUCGGAGUUGUAAACACCCCAGGUACUCCGGAUUGAUCGUUCCCUUUGAGACAGGCUGGCCAUCAUGAGCGAGGCAUUCGACCUUAUCGUUGUGGGAACUGGCUGGUAUGGUCUAGCUGCCGCCAAAACUUACACUGAGCUGCACCCUCGUGACAAUGUGGCUGUACUCGAGACCAAUUCUUCGCUGGGGGGCGUUUGGGCAGAAGACCGCCUGUAUCCUGGUCUCAAAUCGAAUAACAUGUUGGGCACUUACGAGUAUCCCGAUUUCCGCAUGGACGAGGCUACCUAUGGUGUGAAAUCUGGCCAGCAUAUUCCAGGAACUGUUCUGCACCAAUACCUCACAGACUAUGCCAAGAAGUUUGGUGUGUAUGAGCGUAUCCAGUUCAAUACGAGGGUCACGUCUGCAGAACCUUCGGAAGAUGGUGACUGGCUCCUAAGAACUUCAUCGGCUGAGAAUAAAGUCUUCCAGACCAAAAAGCUGAUAAUCGCCACCGGAUUGACUUCCGAGCCUUACGUACCAAAAUUGCCCGGCGCUCAGGAUUUCAAGGGUCAGAUCUUCCACGUCAGAGAUUUUGCAGGCAAGGCCGAUACCUUGAAGGAAGCGAAAAAUGUCGUGGUCGUCGGAGGCGCAAAGUCCGCUUGGGACGUAGCGUAUGCCUAUGCAAAGGCUGGGGCUCAAGUAGACAUGGUAAUCCGGAAAUCAGGACAUGGUCCAGUAUGGAUGGCUCCACCCUACGUUACGCCUCUCAAGAAGUGGCUGGAAAAACUCGUGCAUACUCGCUUCUUGACCUGGCUGAGCCCCUGCGUCUGGGGGGAUGAAGAUGGCUAUUCCAGCAUUCGACACUUUCUGCAUGGGACCCUUAUUGGCCGAGGUAUUGUCAGUACUUUUUGGAAGAUUCUUGGUGGCGAUGUCAUUUCUCUCAACAAGUAUGACUCGCAUCCGGAGUUGAAGAAGCUGAAGCCGUGGGAUCCGGCCUUCUACAUUGGGAGCUCCUUGAGCAUCCACAACUACCCGACAAGUUUCUUUGACCUCGUUAGGGAGGGCAGAAUUAGGGUCAACAUUGAUGAGAUUACUGGUGUUGGACCAGAAUCUAUCAACCUGGCCUCGGGGCAAAAGCUCAAGGCUGACGUGGCAGUGUUGGCGACAGGAUGGAGAAAAGAACCAUCUGUCGAAUUCAUCAAGGGCAGCGAGGCUGAAGUAGGGCAACAUCAUUCGCCCGCAGACCUAGAGGCCUUGACCAAGCAAGCUGACCACGAAAUUCUGGAGCGAUUCCCGAGUCUGAAGACGCAGCCGGAAAGAACGAAUCAACUCCAGGAGAAAUUGGCUGAGCGAAUGAACCAGCCACUUCGCAUGUACAGAUUCAUGGUACCGCCAGCAAUGGUGCCCAAGCGUAACCUUGCCUUUGUCGGCAUGUCAUCGUCAAUCACCACUUCAAUUGUGGCUACCGUUCAGGCACUCUGGAUUUCAGCCUUUUUCGACGGCAAGUUGGACAGGCUCCCCAGUUCAGAAGACGACAUCAAAUGGGAGACAGUCCUACAUAGUCAGUUUGGCCGAUGGAGAUAUCCUAUCGGUUAUGGCCCAUGUUUCCCUGACUUCGUCUUCGAUGCUGUCCCUUAUGUCGAUAUGCUGCUAAGAGAUGUCAACCUAGAGUCGCAUCGAAAGCGAGGUAAAAUGGCCGACAUGUUCGACCCUUAUGGACCGGAGGAUUAUGUCGGGCUCAUCGAUGAGUGGAAGACAGGACAUGCAUAAGCUGAGCCGCGUCGACGAUAAAAGUCGAGUGUGAAUAAUGAAUAACAACAUUAGUGUAGCAUGCUGCCCAUACCGAAAGCUCUGUAUAAGAGCAGAAUAUAAGAGCGUC